AGCAGCUUUCUCUGCACCGCUGAUUUUCAAUGGAUUUUUUAGCUCCAGAUGCAUGAACUCCAUCUGGGUGUUCUCUAUUCUGGCAGAAUUUUCAAGUAGAAGCUCAGUAAAAACAGGGAUCAUCUUGGGUGGUGGGCCCCAGGACUGUGUGUUCUUUGGCGGGCAGCAACGGUCAGUGUCAUGAUUUUCAUUGGGUGGUGGCUCUCAAAGGCCCAUCUAAUCACUUGGAUCCUGCUGACAGUGUUGAUCAGAUCCUCCACCCAGAGAUUCUCAAUGCGUUUUAUUGGGUUUUUCUUUUGAGAAGGAGGAGAGGUUUUGUUUGGGCUGGUGCAAGGGAAGAACAGAUCUUAGUCAUAUGAGGAGAUCUCUACUGGAAGUGCUUCUGGUACUCGCAACGAUCAGUGAGGCUCCAUGGGCUGUCAAUGGCAGCUCACAAUGCAACAACUCAUGGGCAAGGGCAUUUCGACCUCACAACGUUACAAUAACCGAAUUCGGUGCUGUUGGAGAUGGAAUCACACUCAACACAAAUGCAUUCGUGAAUGCAAUAUUUUAUCUUCAUUCAUUUGCCGACAAGGGUGGCGCUCAGCUUUUUGUGCCAGCUGGGAGGUGGUUGACUGGAAGUUUCAGUCUCAUCAGCCAUCUCACAUUGCAUCUGGAUGAGGGAGCGGUAAUACUCGGAUCGACGGACUCUAGUGAUUGGCCGGUCAUUGACCCAUUGCCAUCAUAUGGCCGAGGUAGGGAGCUACCGGGCCGAAGGCAUCAAAGCCUCAUUUACGGAUACAAUCUGACAGAUGUCGUAAUAACAGGUGAGAAUGGAACUGUUGAUGGUCAAGGCUGUGUCUGGUGGGACUGGUUCACAAACCACACGUUGAACUACACACGUCCGCAUCUUGUUGAGUUCAUGCACUCGACUGAGGUGGUUAUCUCAAACUUAACCUUCUCAAACUCGCCGUUUUGGGCCAUCCACCCCGUAUAUUGCAGCCAAGUCCAUGUUCACAAUGUCACAAUCCUUGCUCCUCUUGAUUCUCCAAAUACGGAUGGAAUUGAUCCAGAUUCGUCGAAUGAUGUCUGCAUUGAAGACUGUUACAUUCGUACUGGCGAUGAUCUUAUCUCAAUUAAAAGUGGGUGGGACGAGUACGGCAUUUCUUAUGCUCGACCAAGCUCAAACAUAACCAUCCGUCGCAUCACUGGAGAAACUCCAUCCAGCGCCGGUGUUGCACUCGGGAGCGAGAUGUCUGGCGGUAUCUCAGAAAUUCACAUAUUGGGUCUCCAGCUCUUCAAUUCAAAAAGUGGUAUCAGAAUCAAAACAGCACCAGGCCGGGGCGGUUACAUCCGCAACGUUUACAUUUCCAAUGUGAUCAUGACGAAUGUAGAGAUAGCCAUCAGAUUCAGUAGCCAAUAUGGUGAGCACCCAGAUGAUAAGUAUGACCCAAAAGCACUUCCCAUCAUUAACAGAAUCACAUUCAAUGAUAUGAUAGGAGAAAACAUCAGCCGGGCAGGCCUUCUACAGGGCAUAGAAGGGGAUGAUUUCCUCAACAUUUGCCUAUCCAACAUCAUUCUCAAUAUAACAUCUGAUCCAACAUGGACCUGUUCACACAUUCGAGGCUAUUCUAGCUUUGUUUUUCCACAGCCAUGCAAACUGCUUAGAAAGAGAAUUCCAGAGGAGGAUUCAUCAGCUUGUUAUGGAUUUAAUCAUUUGGGACCUGAAUCAUAUGAAGGGAAUUCCUUGGUGGGUGCAUUGUGAAGCUGAUCACGCUGUGGCCAUGAUGCUACCAAGAGAGUGAAGCGCUCAUGAGAGUGACCAUUCAUGGUCAGGAUUGAACCAUGCCAUUUUUCAGCUUGGCCAUCUUUAUCUCAUUAUGUAAUUAAAAAAAAUAUGCACUGCUGAUUCCAAGGAUGACUUGUUUCUUGUAAGUUGUAGGUAGCAACAAAUAAUCAAAUGAAUUAUCAAAAACAGAGAAUACAAUGAACUUCUAACA